AUGUCGCGUUCCUUCUUUUUGGCAUGGGCACGCUGCCGGAACCAGACAACAUCAUUCACUACCACCGCCGCUACAAAUUCAGGAUGGGCAAGCUCAUUCAACAGUCUUCGCAUGUCGCAGAACGCGUCACGGUCAUUCAGUGUUUCGACUCUACAGAACAAGGACCAACACAAGGUCAAGAUCUUGUUCUUUGGAAGCGAUUCUUUCUCGGUGCCUCAUCUGGAAGCCUUGAUCCAGGAGAAGAGCAAGCCGGGAUCAAUCAUUGAGAGAAUCGACGUCGUCUCUCCAAAGGAACGGACCAAGAAAUCAAAACGCGACGCCGAAGAUUCCCCGCUCACACAACUGGCAAAGGCGCACAAUCUGAACACGUACCCAUCACCAGACAGGAAGGGUGGGUUCGACGCAUGGACGUUCCCCGAAGAUAGUCAAGUCGAUGCUUGGGAUUUCGGAGUCGUCGUUUCGUUUGGAUGGUUUCUCCCUGACGAUGUCAUCACCCGCUUCAAGAAGGCAGGUAUCAACGUCCACCCUUCCCUCCUGCCCAAGUAUCGUGGAUCGGCACCGUUGCAGAGGGCGAUUUUGAACCAGGAUCAAACGACAGGCGUGACAGUCCAAUUGCUCGACCCGAAUGAGUUUGAUGCCGGAAAGAUUCUUGCCCAAGCUGAAGUCGCAUUGCCCGAGAAUUCUACGUAUCGGUCAUUGGAGGCACUGUUGGCCACGAAGGGAGGCGAGCUGGUGGUCGAUGUUAUCAACAACUAUGACCAGCGCAGGCGUGAUGCCAAGAGUCAGGACCCAACAAAAGUAACAAAAGCAAACAAGAUCAGCCGAGAGGCCUGUAAGGUCCAAUGGUCGACCUGGACAUCUGCUCGUACGGAGCGGUUGCAUCGCGCUAAUGGAUUCAGAUACCCAAUCACGGCAACAUGGACAGUACAAGACUCCGGGAAGGUACUCCCCAUCUCGCUCUUUGACCUCUUCCGUGUCGACUCCUCUACUCCAACCUCCGCAACCCAACUGAAGAACGGAGGGUACGCCGCAGAUGGAAAGACGCCUAGCCAGACGUCCGCUCCAGGGACCAUUUUCUAUCACGGCCCGACCGAAUCUCUGCACAUCACUUGUUCUGACGGCUCGUUGCUUGGCGUCAAGGCCGUCCAGUUCGAAGGCAAGAAACGGCUCUCUGCCAAGGAUUUUCAUAAUGGAUAUCAUGUCCACUCUGGCAGUUCUCGUUUCGAAUAG